AUGUGCAGUGAGUUGGGACAUCGUGUCAGUGAAUGCAAGAGUGUUGUGAAUAAGUGUUACAAGUGUGGGAAGUCAGGACAUUUGGUUGUUGAUUGCAAAGAGAAUAUGGUGACUUGCUACAACUAUGGUGAACCAGGACAUAUCAACACUCAUUGCACAAAGCCUACACAAGCUUCAAUUGUAGGAAAGGUGUUUGCUCUGAAGGGGAAUCAAACUUCUAGUGAUGACAGGUUGAUCAUAUGUAUAUGUUAUAUUAAUAAUACGCCUUUGAUUGCUAUUAUUGAUAUUGGUGCUACUCGUUCUUUUAUUGUUGCUGACUGUGUGAAAAGGUUAGGCCUUGUUGUAUCUUCUAUGAGUGGAGAAAUGGUUAUCGAAACUCCUACUAAGGGUUCAUCAGUGUGGUUUCUUACUCCUGGUGAGGAGGAAGAAACUGGUUUCUUAUCUACUAGAGAGUCGAAGGAGCAUUUGGAAGAGGAGGCUCAAAUGUUUGCGUUGUUUGUAGCGUUAUCUACUAAGAGUCAGGCGGUGAUUGAUGAAUUGCAAGUAGUGCGAGAUUUUCUAGAGGUGUUUCCAUAUGACAUUUUAGAUGUACCUCUAGAGAUAGGUGGAGUUUUCUAUUGA